AUGCAUAGUGGGAGGUUAAGAACCAGUAGGAUGGGGACUGGGACUGUAACAGUGUUUAUUAAAGUACCUGAAUCAAAUGAUACAUGCUAUAUACUUUGUAGCUGUGGUCAAAUAUGGACAUCAGACAACAGACAAAUAAGAACUGGUAUUGUUUACUUUCUGAGUUGUUAUGAUGGGUCGUGCGUGUCCUUUCUGAAGUGA